AUGAUGUUGAAGUGUUCGUUGUUGUGAUAUGCUUUAUGUUCUCGGAUUCUUGUUUGAUCUCGCGUCAACACCAACUUAGUCACUGAAAUUGUCUUCGUGACGAGCUUAUGGAUGAUAUGGAAUGAUCGAAACAACAUUGUGUUUUCAAAUCCCAGGCAACCGGGUCAACUUUUGUUUCGCAGCGUGAAUGAACUAUGUGCUCGUGCUGAGCAGCAGAACUCACAAAGAGUUCACGCUGAUCCUGCAUGGCAGGCCCCCCUCCCAACGUUAUUAAGGUUAAUAUGGAUGCAGCCAUGGCAGUUCAUAGGAAUGUGGCGGUCAUCAGUGCUGUUUGCAGGGAUAGUUCGGGUGCAGUGGUGAAAUGUGGAGUGUCUACGUUGCAUGGUAUUAGUGAUGUUGAAUUAUCUGAGACUUAUGCGAUCCGGCUGGGGUUGCAAAUGGCCGCCUCUUUGCAAGUCACAGAUGCUUUUGCUGUUAUCUCCCGUAUCCAGCAGCCGAACUCAGCUAUUGAUAAUAUUCAGUUGAUUGUGGAAGACUGUUUAGCUAUAGCAAGGGAUUUUCAUGUUGUCUUUCGUCAUGUUCGUAGGAAUUGCAACUAUGUUGCUCAUGCCCUCGCCAAAUAGGGUAUCUUUAUCGGAAAAAAUUGUAUGUUUGACGGUGAAAUUACUUUCCCGAUCAACGAACUUAUCGUUCAUAUUUAACCAAUAAAAAUCUUGUUUCCUCUCAAAAAAAAUAUCUUGUAAGAAUUUAGCAUACCUAGCCGUUUGAAGUAUUUUUUUUAUUUUUGUU